UCUUUAUCUCUCUUGCUAUUAGGUAUGGCUAAAAAAAUCCUGUGUUCUCAUCCCUCCUAUAUAAACCCAUUCUUGAAGACCGCCAUUCAAUCUCCUUACUUUACUUGGUAAUAUAUAGCCAUGAAAGAAAAAAAGGUAGAAGAAAACCUUGUUUCUCUUUAUACUCCGUCAUCACAAAACCUUCAUCUAGUAGAAGAAAUUAUUAGAAACCAAUUAAUACUUGAUGAUGAUGACAAUCAUGUUCUCAAACAAUGGGAGAGGCUAGUGGAGGAAGUGGAGGAAAUAAUAGCAUACAAAUUCAAGAACCGCGACUUGUUACAUCAAGCUUUUACUCAUUCUUCCUUUGAAGCAAAUUGUGUAUCAUACGAGAGAUUGGAGUAUAUAGGUGACUCUGUUUUGAAUCUGUUAAUAGCAAAGGAGCAUUAUUUUGAUUAUCCUUAUCUACCUCCCGGAAAACUCACAAGGUUGAGAGCAGCCAAUGUAGAUACGGAGAAACUUGCUAGAGUCGCCAUCAAAUACAAUUUGCAUCACUAUUUACGUCACAAGAAGCCUUUACUUAAAAGACAAGUAGAAGAAUUCAGGGGUGCGAUGAUGGAGUACCCAUUACAUUCAGCAGGUCUCAUUGAUCCUCCUAAAGUUCUUGCAGAUAUAGUUGAAUCUUUGAUUGGUGCCAUCUAUAUUGACUCCAAUUUCAGCAUGGAUACAACUUGGCAGGUGGUAAAAGAUUUGUUGCAGCCUCUAAUCACUCCAGUAGAACUCCAGAUUCAUCCGGUUACAAAAAUUUACGAGUUAUGUCAAAAGAAUGGACUGAGGGCAGAAUUUGUUGAUACAUGGGAGAAAACCGGAGAGAUUGAAGUUUUUGUUGAUGGAAAAUUUGUAGGGAAGGGAGAAUCUAGUGGAAAGAAAAUACUUGCACUAAAUAGGGCUGCACACAAUGCAUAUUACCAAGUUGUCAGAAAUUUGAGUGUUGGAGCCACUGUUGUUGAUGAUUAGAUUACCCUUGUGAUGAAACGCAAAGCUGAAAUUAGUAUUUCAUAUUAUUUGUACUAAUGGGAAAUCAGUUGUGUCCAUUAAUCAGAAAUGCCUCAUUUUUGCUAGUUAAAA